AUGUGUGAACAGUUAAAUUCAAGGUAAAUUGCACGUUAAAGUUCAUGAAUCCAUCAGUAAAUCUUUACGUAAAUUUGACAUAGAAUAUUUCGCAAUUCAGAUUUAAUCUUUAUGAAACAAUAUUGCGUCUGCAUUAACCGAAUAAAUGAUCUAGCUGUAUAAUUCAUGUAAACCACAUUGAUCUUCGGCAAUGCGCUAAAUUUUACUUAGUUGGAUUUCCACGUUCGCAUGACAAUUCAAACAGUGGUUAAGAACGUGUGCACUGAACCGGCACGUCUGCAACUAUUUUCCUACAAAACUAGUGAAAACCAGUGAUCUAAACCCGAUGUAUUUAUUUUGCAAUUUUUCACACGGGAUAUUAUGUACGGAAGUUCGCAAUGCCUUUCGUACAGAUAUCACCGGGUACAACGAAUUGUCGCCGACAAUCCAAAUACUAGAUGAAGAUUCUUCCUCGCGUACUUACUCUGACAAUACCUCAAAUGUUGCAGUGCCCUCAUAUUUUGUAUGUCACAUAUCUACUUCCGUCCUGAUCUGUAAAAGUUCAUCCUGUGAAACUGGAAUUCUGAUGAAGAGUGUAGAGUUAAAUCCUCUUCAGAAAAGACUCAAAUAUGAUACGGAGAAAAGAGCAGGACACUUGAUAUCUACUACAGAAGACAGCUUGAAAUAUUUUGGAAAUUGUAACAGGCUCGCUUCUGUUACUGAACCGCAACAUCCUUUAUUCACUUACAAUUCACUUAUACGUGUAUACUUGAUUAUAUAAGGUAACUUAUUUUUAGAAUGCGAACGUACAAAUUUAUAUACGUAUGUACAUAUUCAUGUGCACAGGAAAGGUAUCCAUUAA